ACAAAACAAAACUGAAAAGGAAAGGGACUCGUUUUGAUACGAUUUUGUGCGGCGUCGUCCACAACGCCAAUCCUCUCCGCCGCGGUUGAUCUACACCUCACCAUAAUAUAAAGCGGCUCCUCUCCGCCGUCCUCUGCCUUUCCUCUCCUGUCCACCGCCGCCGCCGUGCUGUAGCUUAGCGUCUGUUUACGGUGUUGGAAGGGAGCCAGCCAAAGAAGGGGGCUUUUUCUGCCCAGGCGCAAGAACAGGGAGGGCGAUAAUCAAUUCUACUGGGCUCGCGUCCCUGCUGCUACCGCCGUCCGCAAUCUUGGACAUUGGGUUUUGAGACCAUAAUUUACUUGGUCAGAUGAACAGUGGCUGAUUCCUCCCUCUGAGUUUAGCAUUGUUGCUGCUUUGACAAGAAAUAACUUUAUCUCUACAUAGAGCACUGGAAAAUGGAUCGUGAAGAUACUUCAGGGUUUGUCAGUGGAGGUUGCAAAGAUGAAAUAUACUGGUAAAUGCUCUAGGUUUUCUAACUUGGUAGUUCUGAUGACUACUGUCUAAUCCGGAAGUAAGGCGAGCUCGCACUUUCCCUUAGAGUUUUCUGAGCUUGAGCUCCUAAGAUAUUCACUGGCACUGAAGACAAUGGACCCUGGGCUUGGGCAAUCAGCAUUUACUAUAAAUUUCUCAAAUCCAAAUGCCUGUGUGAAGGAGUUCCCUAUCAUUCACCCCACAGACAGUUCUAGUCAACUUGAUGUACUAUCUCGGGGUCAUUCAUACAACCUGCCUAGAGGGGCCAAGAGAAAGUUUGAUGGCUUGUCACUAGGUCUGGGCAACUCAUCAAACUCAGAUUUCAGCAAUCAAAGUAUGCGUAAUGGCUGCACCAUAUCCUCUCCUAUGGGUAGCAAUGAUGGUUCUUGUAUUGAUCUGGGCUUAAACAAUUUUACACUAGGCAAUGAAGGUACUUCUAGACUGGAUAAGCAGGCUAGUGAUGUUAGGACUACUUCGGCAAAGCCUGGGCUGGAUCUUGAGUUAUCUUUGUCUGUUGGACCAUGUCAAUCUGCUAUCACCGGGCCAGACCUAACUGCAGCAGCCAAACAGAACAACACAUUUCUGCAGCCAUUCAUUAUGAACUUAGUCCCAACAGUUGAUGAAGGAUCGACAUCUCUUCGCCGGCCAUCUGGCGGUCAGGUCCUUUCAUUCCUUAAUAAGACUGCAAUGAUGACUGAGUUUUCUCCAAGGCAAGCUUUCUUGGCUAGCUCUAACCAGACUCAGGGUCCAGCUUCACUACCAACAUUACUCCAAGUACAAGUACAAGAAAGUCCAGCAUCCUGUACUUCUGGGUCUGUCAAUCCGCAACAUCGCACCAGUAGUGCGAAAGUUUGUUCGUAUCCAGGAUGUAGAACAGGAGGCAGAGGUUCAUCAGGGCGCUGCAUUGCACAUGGUGGAGGCAAAAGGUGCCACAAAGAGGGUUGCAGGAAAGGAGCUGAGGGCAAGACCAUCUUCUGUAAGGCUCAUGGAGGAGGGAAGCGAUGCGAGCACUUCGGAUGCACCAAGAGCGCUGAAGGCCGUACUGAGUUCUGCAUAGGCCAUGGUGGUGGUCGACGCUGUAUCCAUGAAGGCUGCAGAAGAGCAGCUAGAGGGAAAUCUGGCCGUUGCAUUAAACAUGGUGGUGGAAAAAGGUGUCAACAGGAGAACUGCACAAAGAGUGCGGAGGGGCGUUCGGGUUUAUGCAUCGCGCAUGGAGGUGGACCUCGCUGUCAGUAUGCUGGCUGCAGCAAGGGUGCCCAGGGCGCUACGGAUUUCUGCAAAUCCCAUGGUGGUGGCAAAAGAUGCACGCACCCCGACUGCGCGAAGGGUGCUGAGGGAAGCACUCCAUUCUGCAAAAGCCAUGGAGGAGGAAAACGUUGUUCAGCCCAAGGUUGCACGAAAAGUGUGCAUGGGGGUACACAAUCAUGUGUUAAGCAUGGAGGUGGCAAGAGGUGUGUGUUUGAAGGAUGCACCAAGAGCGCUAGAGGCCGUACUGAUCAUUGUGUCGGCCAUGGUGGGGGCAAGAGAUGCAUACAUGCUGGCUGUGACAAGAGCGCGCAGGGAAGCACCGAUCUUUGCAAGGCUCACGGAGGGGGCAAACGUUGCUCAUGGGGCCGUCCAGGGUCCGGCCUUGAAGUUGGCAGCCCUCCUUGUGACCGUCUUGCCAGAGGCAAAAAAGGCAUGUGUGUUCAUCACAACCCGCUUCUGGAUGAUGACCGUAUCCAUGGUGGUCAAACACUGGGUGCUUUCAGUAUUACAAACGGUGCCACUGAUCGUGCGGACCACCCUUCAAACACCGAAACCAGCAGGCACAGCAAUUUCAUGCUUCCAGUGGAGGCUCCUUGUCAUGCGCCGGUACCUGUUCCCGAGGGCCGAGUCCAUGGCGGUAACAUCGCAGCAAUGCUUGCUAAUGGCCUGAGUCUCGGAGAGAAGUCCACCAACUACACGGAGGCUAGUACCUCGGCGCCUCGCCACUUCAAGCCCGCUAAGCAAUUGGAGCCCAGCACCUCUUGUCACGGCAACUGGCUCUAGUGCCUAAAAAUUCUGCCUGCCCUCUGUUUCGGCAUGAUUUGUUCCAUCUGGCAAAUAUCUUCUGCUCCUGCCCUCUGUUGUGAAGGCUCCGGUGCGAUUGUGUGAUCUAUUUUCUUGUGGAAUUGUAUUAACCACCCCUGUAUGAGAUAAAUAAAAGGGGAAAGGUAACAUUAUCAGUGGUCAAGUGUUAAUGUUAGGUCUUGUGUUGAAGGUGUUCAGUACAGUGAUAUCCAAUCAUAUUAUUUGAAGUAGACAUGUAUGUUGCUGCUGUUGUAGUACGGUGAUCUCCAGUUAUAUUAUUUGCAGUAAAUAUGUAUGUUGAUGCUGUUGUAUAAAACAUAUGUUGUGUUCUGAAGUUUGUUUUCUCCAUCUGAUUA